AUUUUGGGCGCGGGCGGCGACCGCGGGAUCGCUGCCGGGCGCGGAUCCGGUGACACCUCUCAGCGCGCGGCACUUGUUGCUCUCAGGACCUGCGGGCCAUCCCUGAGCCCACCUUUCUCCCUCGCCGCCCCCUGUCCCCUCCUGGCUUCUCUCCUUUCCGUGCGAUCGCCCGGGACACCGAUCUCUCAGGCACCGCUGUCACCGGCUGGAGAAAUAGAUUAAAGGAAAUAAACUCCCUCCGCAGGGGGCCCAGCCGGGCAGCAGCAGCGGCAGGAGCUGGAGCGCUGGCCCGGGCGCCGCAGAGGUGGCGCCUCCCCGGCCCGGGACGCUGGCCCCGGGCGCCGACGGCAUGACGGACGCGGCGACGGCUAACGGGGACGACAGGGACCCCGAGAUCGAACUCUUCGUGAAGGCUGGAAUCGAUGGGGAAAGCAUUGGCAACUGUCCCUUCUCUCAGCGCCUCUUUAUGAUCCUCUGGCUGAAAGGAGUUGUGUUCAAUGUCACCACUGUGGAUCUGAAAAGAAAGCCAGCCGACCUGCACAACCUCGCCCCUGGCACCCAUCCGCCCUUCCUGACCUUCAACGGAGACGUGAAGACGGACGUCAAUAAGAUCGAAGAGUUCCUGGAGGAGACUUUGACCCCCGAAAAGUACCCCAAACUGGCUGCGAAGCACCGGGAAUCCAACACAGCGGGCAUCGACAUCUUCUCCAAGUUCUCCGCCUACAUCAAAAACACAAAGCAGCAGAACAACGCCGCCCUUGAGCGAGGCCUGACCAAGGCACUGAAGAAACUGGAUGACUACCUGAACACCCCUCUGCCGGAGGAGAUCGACUCCAACACUUGCGGGGACGAUGACAAGGGCUCCCGGCGCAAGUUCCUGGAUGGAGACGAGCUGACCCUGGCCGACUGCAACCUGCUGCCCAAGCUCCAUGUGGUCAAGACUGUGGCCAAGAAAUACCGCAACUACGAUUUCCCGGCUGAGAUGACGGGCUUGUGGCGGUACCUUAAGAACGCCUAUGCCCGGGACGAGUUCACCAACACCUGCGCGGCCGACAGUGAGAUUGAGUUAGCCUAUGCGGAUGUGGCCAAGCGCCUCAGCCGAUCCUGAACUUGGCCGUCUUGCCCCAUCACUGCUGCAGAAAGACUCACCAUCUCCCCCAAGGACUCCAGCUUCACGGACUCCUUUUCCACGGCACCUCCAGAAACUUCUGUUUUUAUCAGGCCGCAUCUUGCUGGCAUCACUGGAACCCCAGCCUGCUGUCUUUGAUGAAGGUCGGCACCACACCCAUCUGAUCAGGCAGGAACCUGCAAGCAGAAAUGAGAGAAACCGUCAAGCUCUCAGCCUUUCGGGCCUGGGCUGGGUUCAGUGUAUUUGGGGUCGGUGCGGGAGAACGAACCCGUCUGUGGGAUUGUCACUGGCCCCUUUUGCCAAUAUCAAAAUAUCUCCUAGGCUGCGUUAGACACGUGCAACACCCUGUCCUCGUCCACUCACCUCUUUGUCAGUAACUCCAAGGCCAAGGCCAAACGCCAUCUUAGUUCUCAUUAGAAAGAGAUGCAGUGCUUUGUUAGGGGGAGACAGAGAGUGAAUGGAAAGAAUGGAGCAGGUGUGCAUUUGGGCGUCCGGCAGACACACCUCCAGUCACUCACCACUUUCCGGCACUCCUGUCCCUUCGGGCACUGAAGGCCAGAUUGGAAAACUAUUUCAGACACAGUCUCAGUUCGCUGCGGUGCCAGGUGCAGUCUGAUGCUAUCAAGUACCUGGCUUGAUGCUGAUCUCCAUUUUUAUCUGUCCAGGCCUUGCCAGGAAGGGAAAUUGGCAUGUAAUUCCAAGCUGGGGUGACUGGGAAGGGGAGGGGAGGGGAACAGUGUCAAUGCCAAAAGGCCCAAGGGGUCUACCAGCCGUGGGGUUUGCUUGCUUACGGGAGUGGUUUCAUUGGAGAUUACAUGCCUGGGUUUGACUGUGUUUAUCCACGAGUGAAUUUUGGUCUCUGAGAAAGCAGAUGGAAGUGGGGGGUGGAAGGAUGGGUGAGGAUUAAGAAAAAGUUCUUUAGGAGGCUCAGUGUUUCCCGGGAAUCUCUUAGAUAGGUCUUCUCUCUUAUGAUCUAACUAAGUCUUGAACUGGUGAUGUCAUGUAACUACCCACCAAAAUCCAAGAAUUGGCCAAAAAUGACUGUCCGGUCUCUUCAAGUUGUUCCUGGAUGUGAGUCUGCUAAGCCGGGUGCUCUCUGAAUCAACUGUAGCCUCUGAUGGGUGACAGAUACAUUUAGGAGGUGGCUUGAUCACGGAGCCUUAGGAAUAAAGUCCAUGGGCCUUUCUGAUUGGGAAACCAUGUGGUUUAAACUCGAACAGAAAAUACAUACACAUCUGGGUAAAUUUUCCUACCAUCUGACUCAACUGCAAGAUGAAAAAGAAAAAACUGUUUUUUAGCUAAUAUUUCGCUCUGCAGUCAUUCUCCUUGAAUUUCACCUCCUUAAAAGCUCACCCUGCUUGAGCACGGGGACCUGUGCAGAGGAAAUGAAGAAAAAUGAGCUAGUCAUCAGCUCCCUCUUCCCGUGAACACCCUGGGAGAAAGUCCACCCGCCACAGACCCUCACCUCCAACAAUCCUUCCUUCUGUGUUGCCUGUUGGUGGAGAGAGAGGCUCCCAAGUGCCCGAAAGCCCCAGGACUUGGCUCACUGGUCAGUGAGGGCAGAACGGCACAGGGCCUUCCUGUAGAAACAUCACCAGAUUCUAACCCAAGCAAUCCCCGGACCUACCUGCCUCCAGGGAUCUCUGGAGAUAAAAGGGGCCCCUGAUCAGAGGCAAGGAGAAGAAGCAGGAGGGUCUCCUUUAGCCCAGGGAGGAAGACGACGUUUCUCAGCAAGACAUCCUAUAAGCCUGAGACCUUUCAAAAAGCAGAAGGAAUUGAUGCAUUUUCACCUCUAAGGGAACCUUUCCACAGACUCCCUGGUAAUUUUGUCCCUGGAGAUGUUUGAAAAGAACUGGUAAGGAGACAGUCCUUUUGACUGUAGGGAAAAGCCCCAAACUGGCCUCCUGGGAGGUGAAAGCUUGAAUGAUCCCAAAGGCCUUUUAAGUAGUGUGAAAUCCUGUUGUCCCAGAAAUCCUUCCCUCAACGUCACAGCACAAGCAUGAUGAUCUAAGAGGCAGUUUACUUUCCUGAGACCCAGAGAGGCGCUUUUCUUAAAGCACAUCUGAGAAGCAUAGCCAGCCAGCGACAGAGAAAACAGGAGGAGCUCAAGUGGAGUAGCUCCCCCAGAGGAGUUUUUGCACACCAAGACUCUGCUUUGAUAUUCAGAAUUCAGCAAUUGGUGAGUCUUUAAACAACAAGCCUUUAAAAACAAACAAGCCAAACCAAAUCAACAUUGUUAGUUCUAGAUGUUCUUUCUGUGGUUGACUUAGUUUUACAUAAAUAACAAUAUUAAGGCAAGGGGGUGAGUUUGGGACAGUUAUAUGAUCCAUCGUAACCACUUAGAAGAGGGAGAGGAGUUAUAGAUGGACGGCACUUCCUGGUACUCAAUCCAGGACUAUCUUUUUAUUGCAACAGGAGAUUAUCAUGGGAUGCAACUGACUAUUGAUUUAAAGCUUUAAUGUCUAUGACCAGAUUUAUCAGAAUAUUUUUAAAUAGUAAUAAUAUUGCCUUAUGAUUAUUUUUUUCCAAAGAGAUUUUUCUCCAGAUCUUUCAGCCUCCCCGGGUUUUGGCCAUGACCUUGUCAUGUACACAGCUUAUCAUCUCCCAGCAACAGUGUGGAGAGGUCCUUAGGUGUCCCCAGAACCAACUCAGGGAGUAUUGAUGGUCUGCAGUUUGACCCUGAACUCCAGAGUGUUAAGAUGGGAGGUGACCUUUGUCAUUGGUCUGGAAUGCAUAUCGAUGCCUCAGAAAGCAUUUCGCUGAUGCUGAAAGGGGAUUUAUUUGGGUUAAGAUCCUGUUUUACUCUGGAUUUAAUUCUCUCCUUCGACUUUCACAUCACUGUGGCUUUUUUGGUGGAGUAGCAUAGUGGGGUAGCAUAUGACAAGAAUCAUACUCAGAACGACUGUGUUGAACUUACCCAUCUUCUCAGUCCUGCUUGCCUCUCAGGUGGCCCCAAGAGGGUAUGGGAUAAGAUUUUAAUAGCUAUAAAAGAUGAGCUGGGUCAGUAAAAUCUGGAUUGGUCCAGAGCAUAGUUCCUUCUAUCGCACACCUUCAUCACCUGACAAUUCAGAAUCACAGGCAUGAGUAUGGCUGUCUUGUUUUGAACAAGGAUACAGCUACCUGGCACCAAGCUCGUGAGUUGAAAAGUGAAACCCACACUCCACUGGGUUAUUGGACCGCAGGAUCUCAAACCGGUUUCAGCUUCCUAGGAAAUGGCACUGUCUUCAGCGUUCACUUCUCGUGCUGGUGGGGCCACUGAGGAGUUUGAUCUUUUCAUUAGAAAGGGGCCAUGGCAAGAGUGAGGUUUCCUGGGCUGAAUUUUCUAGCACUGAAUGAAAUAACAGAAGCUCACAACACCUGUGCCCACUGGCCACUCUGCAGAAAGACAAGACCAAGCAUCUUAGAAUUGUUGCAAAAUGCAUCAUGCCCAGAAUGGACCCUGAAGAUCUAAGAGUCUUAGAAAUCAGCAAGGUCUGGAGAAAGAGAAUUAAAAGGGAGGCAGAGUCAGGAAAGUGCAGGUCUACCUAGCAAGUUUUCCAUCAGGAGGAAACAGGGAGAGUCUGCCUGAAAUUAAGUUGGUCUAGGGACAGCAGACAUCCAGUAGGUACGUCUGUGGCUCCUAUUUCCACUGACCAGGAGCCAGUUCAACAGCAGAGGGAAUCAAGAUGCCGGUGUCUUCCUCCUUGGAAAGAUGAAACAGUAACUCAUGGUUAAAACUAUGCUUGAUGAUUCACAAGGGAUCACUUUCUUAUUUUUUAUGUAACAUUAAAAAGAACCUAAAGCAUUAGAGAAAGGAGUGUGCCUGUGAAGCAUCCUGGUUCUGAUGUUGGGACAGAAGUGAUCACAUCAUUGGCUUUGGGGCCCUUCUAGCACAAAAGGCCCAUUAUCUUCUAUCCACUCCUCUUGGCAUUUAAUCCAAACAACACGCGCCCUCCUAUGAAUGCAUCCUCCUCUCCCUUUGUCAGCAUUCUCCUCCCAGUUUACUUUCAGGAUACUUUCAUUUCGUAAUUAGGUAUGAUCCAAAGUGUACGUAAUCUUACUUAAUGUUACUCAAGGAAAUGGAUCCAAUGCUACCCUCUGCAACCAAAAAUAAAAAAAGUUGCCUCGUUGUAGGGUUUGGGCUAAUCUGUGUUUCUCUAAAAGCAAUCUGUUUUUUUGGCAAAAUACAAUUUUAAGGAUACAGUUGUCUAAGGUAUUUGUGUAUAAUUAGAGAUUUUGCAAUACUGACUAUGCAUAUAUUUAAAAUAUAAAAUACCCAGCUGAUGUUUGAAUUUGUCUAUCUUUCCUGACCACCUGCCUAUCCCAUUUUAUAAGCUGGAGAGCUAACCAAUUUAGCAAAAGAAGCCUAGCUUUUAUAAAAGAUCAAACAUAUCAUUUUAUAAAGAUACUCCCAAUGAUGGUAACUUGAUUUUCUCAGGACCUUUAACUGUGGUGAUAAAAUCGCAGGUCUUGCUUUCAAGCCUUAAUAAUGUAAAAUGCCUUUUAAUGAAGAUAUUGCUGAGUGUCUUCCUCAUGAAUCUGAACCAGUUAUAAAUUUGUUUUGCAGUCUUGAUUGAUAUUGACUGAUUCAAAUAAAGUCGGUUUAUUUUCAAAUAUUACAAAGGCGA